CGCUACAAAAAAACAUGCCAAAAAGGCAAGCGAGCGUUGCCUGCAAAAACCUUUCUCCCCUUUCUUUGCUCCUUAAUAGUCCUAUUUUGUAUUUCGCUUUAAAUUUAUUCAAACACCUCGCAAAUUUCUAAAAAGUAACACUUCGUAUUUUUAAUACUUCAUAUACCAAACAUGGCUCCUAGGCAAAAACCCUCUUCAUCCAUAGCCGCCCCAGCCUCUGUUUCCACAAGCAACGCCACCCAGCACAACAUGGUAUCCUCAAAGAACAGCGGCCGCGCACAAAAGUACUCGCAGUUGGACUUCAACUCUCUCAAUAUCCAGGUUUUACGCAAGUACCGCCAGGUUUUCAAGCUCAAUAUAAAGGCGCGCUCGUCCAAAGAUGACUUGGUUGUUGCCGCCAGCCGUCACUUUACCACUCACACUGUAGAUGAGGUCGACACAAUAGCACGCUUCUUGUACACCGUGCAUAGUAACAAAGAGGGCAAACGGCCAAUCAGCAUUAUCUAGAAAACAUUUAGGGGGUUUUCGAUGCAUCACAUGCCACAUUUUUCAUCAAUCAUCGCCGGGUAUUUCCACAUAUCAUCACUAUUACCGAAUUCCGACAACAUAAUGGAGCUUUGAUAUAUUCUUUUUUAAUUUAGUCUUUCUAUUAUUACAUUUUAUGACUAUUGUAACUUCAAUACAUUAAAUACAAUUAAAG